ACUGAAUCUUCUCCCCAAUCUAACGUUCAUUUAUCUGCUAAUCCUAAUGAUCCUGAUAACCAGUUGGCCCAAAUGAAAUCAAGAGUAGCUGAAAUGGAAGCUGAAGCUGCAAAACUAAGAGAAAUUCAAAAGGACUUGGAACAAGAAUCAACAAUGGUCAAAGAACCAAAAGAAGACGUAGACGCAAGAAGUGUUUAUGUUGGUAACGUCGACUAUGGAACAACUCCUGAAGAACUACAAAAACACUUCAAUUCUUGUGGAACUAUAAAUAGAGUCACCAUUCUAUUGGAUAAAUUCACUGGCCACCCCAAAGGAUACGCCUAUGUUGAAUUCUCUGAACCUAGCUUGGUUCAAUCUGCUGUGUUGCUAAAUGAUACUUUAUUUAGAGGUCGUCAGUUGAAAGUCGUGCCAAAAAGAACUAACGUUCCUGGCUUGAAUAGAGGUAGAGGUGGUUUUCGUGGCAGAAGAGCCAGAGGAAGAGGUUAUAGAGGAGGUUUUAGAGGCAGAGGUGGUUAU